AUGGCUACUAUGGCAGGAAAGGAUUUCAUCGUUGCUACUAAAUAUAAAUUGAUUCGUAAAAUCGGAUCUGGGUCUUUCGGUGAUAUUUAUGUAUCAAUCAACGUUACAAAUGGAGAAGAAGUUGCUAUCAAGUUGGAAAGCAACAGAGCUCGACAUCCCCAGCUUUUGUACGAGUCGAAAGUAUACAGAAUCCUCCAAGGUGGCGUCGGUAUUCCUCAUAUUCGCUGGUAUGGAACUGAAAGAGAAUAUAAUGUUCUCGUUAUGGAUUUACUCGGUCCUUCUCUGGAAGAUUUAUUUAACUUCUGCAGUCGACGUUUCACAAUGAAGACUGUUCUCAUGCUUGCUGAUCAGAUGAUUGGCCGCAUUGAAUAUGUUCACGUGAAAAACUUCAUUCAUCGGGACAUCAAGCCUGACAAUUUCUUGAUGGGAAUCGGAAGACACUGCAACAAGUUGUUCUUGAUCGACUUCGGUCUCGCCAAGAAGUUCCGUGAUUCACGUACCAGAACGCAUAUUCCUUAUAGAGAGGACAAGAACUUAACGGGUACUGCUCGAUAUGCUUCUAUUAACGCUCAUCUUGGAAUCGAACAGAGUAGAAGAGACGAUAUGGAGUCUCUUGGAUACGUACUUAUGUACUUUAACAGAGGAACUCUUCCAUGGCAAGGGUUGAAAGCAGCUACUAAAAAGCAGAAAUACGAGAAGAUUAGUGAGAAGAAGAUGAUCACUUCCGUGGAAGUCCUUUGUAAAGGAUUCCCUGCAGAAUUCCCAAUGUACUUGAACUAUACCAGAGGACUUCGUUUCGAUGAAGCUCCAGAUUACAUGUAUCUUCGUCAACUUUUCCGAAUUCUUUUCCGCACUCUUAAUCAUCAGUAUGACUACACCUUCGACUGGACAAUGUUGAAACAGAAAGCCUCUCAAUCCCAGACCGGAAAUGUUCAGGCCAAUUCCGCCACUGCUCAAGCUGCUACCGGAGCUGGUCAAAACACAACUCCUGCUCCUUAA